AUGACCGUUACUGGACGCAGUAGAUCUCACGAAUUGAAAAAUAUUAAUCUUAGAUUCCCAGCGCCAAGUGAAGAGGAGAAUUUUCCUUUUGAAUCAGUUUAUAUUGCGUACUUUUCACUGUAGAUAUGACUGGGUUUAUUUUUAACUUAUUGAUAUAUAUAGUGGUUAUUUCACAACCCAGAGAAAUGUAGGUCUAUAUCAGUAUACAUAUAUGUAAACUACGUCGCUGGAUUGCGAGGCUCUACACAGCGCCGUGGGUUCGUCUGCAUGGUUAUAAGUAUAUUGUAUUGGAUAUUUGAAGGCAAAGAAUGGCCUCAACAGAAUCUACUUUCGAGUUAGUAACAGAAAAAUAUGGGGAACAGUUGAAGAGGUGGCCAAAAGCUGGAAGACACAUUUUGGCUCAACACGACAACGAAACAAUAAUAGUUUAUCAGGCAUUCCGGAAAGAAAUAGCUGAAUAUGCGGAUAAAAACGGAAAAUUCGGUGGUCCUCUUUACAAUUUCAACAGAAUGAGUUGGAUUAAGACAAACUUCCUGUGGAUGAUGUACAGGUCUGGAUGGGCAGAAAAAAAUGAACAGGGGCGCAUUCUUGCUAUACGAUUAACGAUCGAUGGAUUUUUGGAAAUUUUGCGCAUGACUAGGGACGCCAGUAAAGAUGCUUACGGCCCAUCUGGUCCACAAGAGGGUUUUGGAGAUGGAGAUGUUCGAUUACAAUGGGACCCAGAUCACGAUCCGACUGGUCAAAAAUGCAACAGACGGGCAAUACAGCUUGGCCUUAAAGGAGAAGCUCUUAUGAAUUUCAACGAACAUUGGAUUCGUAAUAUCUACGAUAUAACGGACUUUGUUGAAGAACAAAGAAGAUUUGUAGUUAGCAAUGAUCUCGAUUCCCUGGUAACCCCACGUGAAACUGUGUUUGUACCAAAGAACCAGGAUCUCUGUCGUCAUAUCCGUUUGGAUGUGGAUGAUACUGAGCUAAACGAGACUAAGAGUCGAGAUGUCUUUAACACGUGACGCGCAGAUAAUACACAAGACAGACAUUUUUUUCUUUCCUGUAUGUACUGGCAUGGAUUGCUGUAUACUAGUACUGUAUGUUAAAAAAAAAGUUAUAAAGUUGCAACGAUA